AUGGAGCCUAUGUUUCAGAUACUCGGUCUGAACCGGCUCUUCUGCAGUAAGCCGCCUCGCGAGACAUCAGCGCUCGAUCCAGGCUUCGUAGCGUAUCGCGGCGUGGCCGGUGUAAACACACCCAGCGGGGCCUUCGGAGAGUUUCACCACUCCAAUGUCGUCCCACAUGCUUGGAAGGGCAUAAGUGUUUCUCUGGCCAGCCACGACUUCCUGCAGCAGCAGGAAGGUUUCAAGCCAAACCAAGUGCCUGAGAGGGGCACCACAGUUUUUCCUCGCCUUUGGGUUCGAAUAACGUGCUCCUCGUGGUCGCAUCGGGAGAAACGGACGUCGAAGAGCACGUCGGGGCACAACCGGCACACCGUUGCCGGCCCACUAGGUGCUGAAAUCCCGGGACCGACGAAUUGGGAAUCGGUUCCUACGCAUCUCAUGGGAAUAUCUCCUGUGAACGAGGAACAGUGCAGCAAGUUUCCGCCGACGCUCAAAACGAUGCAGUCGCAGGACGAUUGGGACAUAGGCCGCACAAAGACAUUGCGGGCUCCCAACAACAUGCCAGAGCUGAUGAACAAUGAAAAGAUUGAGCACAAGGUUGUAUGCGCAGUGAUUAGUGGGCACAUGCGCCACGGCAUCCGCAUCGGUCAGCGAGAGAGAAGUUCCAUCUACGACGUGGAGGAGCUUUAUGGACAGUGCGGGGAGGUGUGUCUAGGAGGUUCUCCCACGGAGGUAGAGUUCGAGCUUCAGCUGAAAGUCCAGGCUCCCAGCCCCUGUGGCAUUUGCCGCUGCAGCCUCUCCGUGUACCAGCCCGAGGGAGUCAACUCAGAGCCGCCCGAACAGCCUGCCGAGGCUCUGCUAGAGGUGAGUUUCGAUGCCUCGGCGGAGGAGCAUUUGCAUUUCUAUAUCUCCUCUUCGUAUUUCGACUCCAACAGCACGUACAAUGUCGCUCUCAACUGGGUGCUCCGUCCAGGUCUGCGACUCGAAGCCGACAUGGACUCUGAUAAUGUCUCGCCGAAUUAG